AUGAUCUCCAAUCUCACACUUCUCCGCAAGAUGGCCGCUUCGCGGGGUAUUAACCCCAGCGCCCUCUGUCGCACUCGAAUUACCGUUGCAUCUCCUCGUCUUGUUCCUGCCUUAGCCCGUCCGUUGUCCAUCAAUUGCCGCCAAUCCACUCCUUACAAUGGCCGACUUCGGAGCGCUUCAACCGAACAAUUGCUGCGCAUAGUUCGCACCAACCGGUCAUCAUUCUCAACAUCGUCAUCUUCCUUAUUACCAGACUCAGACUGGGAUCACAAUCCGAAUCUGGCUAUCUCCAACUUCUCGGAACUUCCCUCCAAGGACUUUGGUGUCAACCAGCACAUGAUUAUAAACCAAGAAUUCAAGGAGGCAUUGCGCAUGAUCCUCUGGCAGUUCAAGGCACCAAUUAGAUAUGCAUUUGCCUACGGGUCUGGUGUGUUCUCACAGAACAGCAGUAGUGCUCCAUCUAGCUCACUGCACCCCUCGGCUCCGACGGCUAUCAACAAUAUGCAACAAGGCUCCGGUAAAAUGAUUGAUUUCAUUUUCGGAGUCUCAUACUCCCAGCAUUGGCAUGACUUGAACUUGACGCAACACCGUGAUCAUUAUUCAGGCAUGGGCUCACUUGGGUCGUACAUGGUUUCCCAAGUACAAGACCGCUUUGGCGCGGGUGUUUACUUCCAUCCUUAUAUCACCGUUAACGGAACAAUGAUCAAAUAUGGUGUGGUCAAUCUUGACACACUCUGUCGUGAUCUCACUCAGUGGGAUACCAUGUAUCUUGCUGGUCGUUUGCACAAGCCCGUCAAGAUCUUGCGGGAUCACCCGAAGGUUCGGUUAGCGAACCAGGUGAAUCUGCUAUCUGCUCUGCGAGUCGCACUUCUGCUCCUUCCGGAAAGGUUCAGCGAAUUUGAGCUGUACAGCACAAUUGCUGGAAUGAGCUAUAUGGGAGAUUUGCGCAUGGCCCUGCCAGCCGAGGACCCCGGCAAAGUACGGAACAUUGUUUCAGGGCAAAUGGCACACUUCCGCCGCUUGUAUGCGCCUCUCAUUGAAAACCUCCCAAAUGUCGAUUUCCAGGACCCAAGAUGCAGCCAAGAAGAUUGGAUCGAUGACCCGAACGCUAUUUUGGCCAUGGCACAGGAUAUGGACCCAGUGAGACGUGGAAACAUGGUCCGCCGCCUGCCCGAGUCAUUCCGGCAAAAGUUGUACUUCCAGUACCAGUCUCGCUAUCAAAUCCCACGCGGCGACUUUGAUAAAAUGAUCCAAGAGAGCAGAGACUCCGAGGAGAUACUCCGCCGUCCCCAAGGUGGUGCUUUCGAGAGACGAAUUGCCGGGGAUGACUCUCUCCAGGAGCAGGUCGCUAAAUCUAUUGAGAAAACGAUCCGCUGGCCCAGCACUGUCCAGACCAUCAAGGCACCUCUGACUGCGGGUCUUGGCAAGAGCUGGACCUACCUGAAAGAGAAGCGCGACAAGCACAAGAAGGCUCAGGAGCUCAAGGCUUCUGUAUCAAAUGAGAAGUCUGCGGAAGUGAAGAAGCCAGUCGAGACGAAGCCCUCGGAGACAAAGGAGAAGCAGGAGUAG